AUGGGUCUGCCGUUUUCUUCUAAAAAAGAAACCGCUUUCAUUGAAACGGGUUUUAAUAAUCGGAAGAAGGAGUUGGAAAAAUUUAAAUUGCACGAAAGAUCACAAUGCCACAAAGAAGCCGUAUUUAAAUCUCAUACCAUGAAGUUAUCAGAAGCAGAAGAGAUGUUUGUUGGAUUUUACGGAGUGGAAUCUACAACCUCAGCUGCUUUGUAUUCGGUGAUCAAAGAUGUUCUUCUCAGAUUUAAUUUACCACUGUCUAACUGUAGAGGACAGUGUUAUGACGGUGCUAGAAACAUGGCUGAAGCGCAUCGGAUGAUUGCAACAUUAAAAGCCAGUCUCAGUUUUUGCCAAAAAGAUUUUUCUGUAUUUUGGCAGAAAGUAAUUUCUGAUAAACCUGCCGAGGUAGAACAAGGGGAACUUAGACAGCAGAGAAAACGAAAAAUUCCAAAACGAUUUGAAACUAAUGAUUUGCCAGAACAACAAAAUAAUCUUUCUCUUAAGGAGAUAUAUCAAUCGCAAUAUGUGGAGAUUAUUGAUGCGAUUUUAAAAGCACUGGAUACGAGAUUUGAGAGCAAAUCAUUCAAAUUCAUUUUGGAAAUCGAGCAGUUUUUGCUAGGUGACGAUACAAAUAAAUCUAAGAUUCUCAAAUUUUAUGAAGAGGACAUAGAUCCAGACCGCUUGAUUGUGCAACGAGAGAUGCUGCUGCAAAUUUUAAAAGAAGCAGAUCAAUCCCUUGAAAGUAUAAACGAUAUCAUCAAUUAUUUGAAUUUCUUUCGGAAUUAG